CAGCCUUGGGAUGUAAACCUUGACAUUAUGAGGACCCUCAGUAAGAUCUUAGUGACAGCUGGCGUCGUGAGUGUAGCCAGUACAGCCUACUUAUUGUAUAAACUCCUCUCCAGCACUGAAGAGGAUGACAGUGAUGAAGAUGAAGAGAAGAGACAGAGUGCCACAUCAAAACAAACAAUCAUAGAACUGGAGGUCCCCGCCAAGGCAGCGGGGGGCAUCAUCGGCAGACAGGGGUCAAACAUAAAAGAGAUCCAAAAGACUACAGGCACAAGGAUAAAUUUUAAAGACGAAAACAACCGGGCUAAAGAUGAGAAUGAGAAGCGUACAAUGGUGAUCCGGGGGACAGCUGAGUCCGCUCAGAAAGCUGAGCUCAUCAUCAGGGAGUUUGUGGCCAACAUGCCAGUUGUACUCACCGAGCAGAUCUUUGUACCUUCCAGUGCUCUGGGCAGGAUUAUUGGUAGGGGUGGAGAAACAAUCCGAAGCAUCUCCAGAUCAGCCAACGCAAAGGUGUACAUUGACCGGACAAAGGACGAAUAUAGAGAGGUGGAUAGAGAAGUACAGAUCACAGGGACGAGGGAACAGAUUGACCUAGCCAGGACAUUAAUUGAAGAAAAACUCCAAGAAGAAAAGUUGUUCAGAGCAAAGAAAUCUGUAAUGGAGGCUAAUAGAGAGAAGCGUAGCAAGUUAAAGGUAGACACCGAAGACAAGAAGAGAGAAGCAUUACCAUUGGAUAAAGCAGAGCCAGUACCUAAGACGCCAACCCACCACACAGAGAACACCUGCUCCUGGCCGAGUGGUAGGGAGUACGUGGAGGUCUACGUCUCCUCCGUCGCCAACCCCUCCACCUUCUUUGUACAGAUCCUGACCUCCAUGUCUAUACAGCUAGACGAGAUGGUCAAAGAUAUGUCACAGUACUACAGUAAAGAAAGAGAGGUUGAUCUUGUGAAGCUUGCACAAGUGGGAGAUUUGGUGGCUGCACCAUUUGACCAGGAUACCUCAUGGUACAGGGCCAGAGUGUCUGGUUACCAAGGAGAUGACCCUGAGCAGCUUGACCUUUUCUACCUUGACUACGGAGACAGCUGUUAUCUGUCCAAGAGUAAAGUCCGAGUCUUACAACCAGACUUCUUAAGAAUUCCUUUCCAAGCUGUUGAGUGUGAGAUGGCACAUGUUUGUCCUACAGAUGGCGACAGCUGGGAGGAGGCGGUCGUGGACAGAUUUGAGCAGAUGACGUACUCCGCCAUGUGGAAAGUCCUGAUGGCGCGUCUGGUGGAGAUAAAGACUCUGUCUACAGGAGAGAAAAUCCACAUAGUGGAGCUGGUGGAUACAAACGGAGAAAAGGAUGUUAAUGUUGGAAAAAAGUUAUGUGAAGAGGGACUGGCCAGGUGGUGUGAAGUCAAGAAUUAAUCAUUGAAGGAUAAACCCAGCAGACAGAGGGAAAAAGAGAAGAAGAGAGAGGUGUUAGAAGCCACUAAAUAGUGUUUCAUUCAAUUUUGAAUUGCUUUUCAU